AUGGGCUUGAAAUUUAAUAGGCAGCUCUUCAAGUGGGCUGUUGGCGGUGGGAAUAUCAGUCACAGCAGUCACACCAGUCACACCAGUCACAGCAACCACAGCAGCCACCCCCCGCACCGGCAGUACGUUCGCAGCCACAGGACUUCACAAGCGCACUCCAAUACCCACGACGACGCUGACCAUCUCCUUCACUUGUCCCGUGGCCGUAGCUCUACUCCCACCACACAGCGAGCCACACAGGCGCUGCUAGCGAUGGAUGCACCCGCCACUCCUUCUACCCCAUUUCCUCCAGCCACUCCCUCUACAUCCGCCCACCACGACCGCCACGCUCUACUCCACCGCAUACGCCUCUACGCCCGCGCACACGACGUACCCGGAGCGUUACGCGAGCUGAACGCGAUAUUUAGCACGCAAAGCAGUGUAGUGUAUCGUCGACAGUUGUUCCCGGACGCGCUCACGGUGAACGCGCUGACUGUGUUUAUGGAGGAGGUAUCGCACAGCGGGAGUAUCAGCAGCCUCGCCCUCCUCCAGCUAGUGCUCGACGAGGAGCUGCUGCUGAAAUCGCGCACACACACUCUCCUCCAGACUCCCACCAUACGGCGUCCACUGGGUUACGGCGAGCUCGUCCGCCCACUCUACCGCGCCCUCUUCCAAUCCCCUCUGCGCGAGCUAGCUGGGGCUGUAACGAGCGAUGCGCACGCAGAAAUACUCAUGAUUAUCGCUAAUGCCCGCGAGAGCUACACGGCUGCCGCGCAAGGCAUCUACGAAACACUUGUUGCCCGCUCUCUGCGCGUAAGUGAGGGCAGUGCGCGAGUACUCAUGCACCAUCUCAUCAAAAAGGGUGACGUGAACGGUGCCAAGACUGUCUACUUCACUAUAGAGUCACCUGCGUUGGAGACGAAGAAAAUGGUCGCUAGGGCGUAUGCACGCGACGGGGACACGCGCGCAUUAGAAAGCUUGGACGGCGUAGGCAGUGGGAGUGGUGGUGUGUCGCACACAACCACCCUCAUCGCACAUGCUCAGCGCGGCCAUCUGGACACGGUGCUGAGUGUGUACGCGGGCAUCCGCCACCCGAGCGCGAAAGACAGAGAAGCCGUGCUGUUGUGUUACGUGCAGCGAGACGAUCUGGAAGGUGCGUUAGGCUGGGUGCGCAAGGUGGAAGGAGAACGGGGUACUGGUCGCGGUGCAGGCGCAAGUGCAGGGCUCAGUCGGCGAUCGAUCUACACGCGUCUGCUCACUCUCUUCGUCCGUCGACUCGAUGUCGAUGGGGCGAUGGAGGUGGUUGACAUGAUGCGUGCCGAGCACCUACCCGUGCGACUGGACCACUAUGCGCAGCUAAUCGCACUACACGCGCGGCGGUGUGACGAUGCAGCUGCCCUGCACACUCUCCACACUAUGCACCUUUCUCCCUCCCUCGAAUGUUGGAGCGGGGUGAUGAAUGCACACGCAAACGCUUGCAACUGGCACAGCGUUAUAGGGGUAUACAAGCGAAUCCGCGCUCGUUUCCGUCUCACUGCACCCACUUGCAACACUCUCAUCAAGGCGUACGUUAUGUUGGGCAGUGCGUUCGAGAAUGUGCUCGCAGUCGUACGCGAUAUGCUCGCCAUGGGCGUGCGUGGCGAUGAGACGACAUUUGCGCUUGUUAUGCAGAGCGCAUGCGAUAUGGGACGUAUCGACGCAGCCACCGCGCUACAUGAGGAACAUUGCAAAUGGAGUGAAGAGGGUCUCGUGCACCCACCUAACGCUAUUCACUACACUAUCCUUAUCGCUGCUUUAUUGCGCGUUGGGCAGUUCGCAGAUGCGCGCAAGUGGUAUGGACGCAUGAAGGAAAAAUUUGUUCAACCUGAUUCAGUCACUUAUGGCGUGAUCCUCGCUAGUUAUCUCGCGCGUGGCGGCGAGGAAAACGUGCAGGUAGCUAAAGUUACCCUGGCCAACUUAUUAGGUCAGGAGGAGAAUGAGUCGCGCAGCAAUCUCAAUAGCAGUCGCACUGGCAAUGGCAAUGGUAAUGGCAAUAGCAAUAGCACUCCCACUCGCGCUAGCUGGAUGGAGGCCAGCAGAUCGCACUCGCGCACACUCUCCAAUGUCCUCAGGCCAUUCCUGCAGAACUACGGUAAGAAAUUCACGCCUGAGCUUGCUCGUGAGACGUUUGAGUAUAUGGCUGAUAUCGCCGACGGGGCUGGGGACAUAACCAACUUGACCAUGCUAAUGGAUGGGUAUCGUCGCGUGGGCAACUAUGCAGUAGUGGACGAUAUCUGGGGAAGCAUACUAGGCAGUGCGGGGGAGCGGGAAGGACAUUCAAAGCAUUCAACUCAGUCAACUCAGUCACAGCCACCCCGCAAUACGCUGUGCCUCCCGCUAUCAAUUUACAUGGACAGCCUGACCAUGCAGCACAGACUGACAGACCUUCAUGAUACUUUCCGUGUGGUGCGCGAACGCGGAUUUGCGUUGGAUGCGCAUAAUUGGAAUCAUCUGGCUGUUGCUCUCGCCAAACUUGGAGAUAUCCGGCUCGCUUUUGCGGUGCUCGAGCGGAUCGUGCGCGUUUAUGUUACCAAGCGGCGUAAGGGGGUGUAUAGUUGGUAUGACACGGAGGAGAAGGAGGAAAAGGAGAAAAACGAGAGCAACAAGGAGAAGGAAAAUCAAGUAGACGACACACCACAGCCGAACAGAGCAGCAAUACGCCGGACAAACACCACAGGCAUGCGACAAGACCGGGAGAAACGGAAUGGUGAUAUCGUUCCACUGCUGCCAUCACCCACGCCACGCAAUGAACACAACGUACACAAUGCACAAAUUGAUCUGCUGAAAUACAUGGAUGACAUAGAAGCAGAAGGCGGGAACCAGAUGAAUUGGCACGCGCAUCAUCGCACACUCGAGGUACUCGUGCAAGUAAGGCAGAAUAUGUCGCCGGCUGAGUGGAUGGAUGUGCAGGCGGAGUAUGUCGGUGCGUCCUGGGCAAUACGGCGCCACGAAGCGAGGAGAGGUGGAGAAAGCUGGGGAGAGGAGUGA